AGUACGCCCGCGUCCCACUGUUACCAUAGCGACGGCAUCUCCGGACUGCAGAUCCUCGCUGCCCUGUCAACAUCCGUUCGCGUUGGCAGCGCCCGAGACCCGGGUAACUGGCGGGUAGUUAGGUAGGAAACGAUGUAAAAGAAUCUUCUGAUGUCAUAAUUUCUGGGUGUCACUGGAACAUUUGAUCAUCAUUCCUUCGGCAAUUCCAGGCUUCUAUGGAAGGUCAGUAGAAGCAGUUGAUUUAUUCACCUCUACAGGAAUCAGACUCAGCCUAUUUUGGUUUUCAGUGAAUUAUGCCUUUUCGGAUUGGGACCCAGCCACGGACGUUUCCAGUGGAAGGAGGAGAUUCUACUAUAGGGCUGGAACCUGGACUGAGCUCCGGUGCUGCCUAUAACGGGAAAGAGAUAUCACCAGCCAGGCAACUCCGAAGAUGCCAUGGAAGUCACUGCCUGACGAUAACUGAUGUUCCCAUCAAUGUCUAUGCAACAAUGCGAAAGCUACCUGCACAAAGCAGCAAGGAAAUGCAUCCUAAAUAACAGCAUUGAGUCUUUUGUGGAGGCUGACUAGGUCCAGGGUCAUGUAGCAGUAGGGUCUUAUGAUCUGGUAAACAAAUAAAAGUUGUGGCACCUUUGGAUGAUGACAA